AUGCGUCGUCACCUGAAAGUGUUUCUGCUGCUCGCACUCUUGGUCACUUAUGUGACAGCAAAGAAGAAGGAAGAGAAAGAGGAGUCUUCCGAAGAGGAAGAAGAAGAGGGCGAGAAGUAUCAUAAGGAGGAGCACAAGGAGAAGAAGCAUAAAGGAGACAAGGGUCAUAAGGAGCAUAAGGAAUGGGAGGAGGAUGAGAAGAAACACCACGAGGAGGAGGACCAUGAACAUAAAUAUGGGAAUAAGGGUGGGAAGAAGAAGAAAUACUAUGAUGAGGAAGAGGAAUAUGGUGAAAAGAAGGAGCAUGGGGCGCAUAAGAAGGGCGGUAAGCAUCACCAUAAGAAAAAACAUAAGAAGGGCCACAAAGAAUUGGAAUACCACAAGAAAUUCAAUAAGGACGAGUAUAAGAAAGAAAAGAAAUUCUACGAUGAUGAACAUAAAGCGGGACAUCAUAAGAAACACGGUAAGGAUCACAAGCAUGAUUUAGAGGAGGAGGGUGGUCAUAAAAAGGGUGAACACUAUGAAGCCGGCAAAAAGAAGGAACACAAGAAACACAAAGAACACUAUCAAAAGGGACAUAAAGAUGAAGAUGAGAAGAAGUACAAGAAGAAGCACAAACAUGGUGAACAUCACGAGGAGCACGAGGAGUAUGGCAAAAAAGGCGAAAAGAAGGCCAAACACAAGGAGGGUCACAAAAAAGAAAGCAAGAAAGAGAAAGAAAAGAAGAGCAAAAAGGAGGAAGAGAGCAAGCAUUGA